AGCAUUACCUGGUGUUCAAAUGGCUUCUUCAAGCUUCCAUUUCUUCCUCUUCCUCUUCUCAUUAGCCACUUUCUCAGUUUCCCCUUGCUUUUCACUUUCAGAUCAAUCUCAUCCUUUCAAUCUUCCCAUUAAGAAAGAUCAAUCAACCAAUCUCUACUAUGCUUCAGUUGGCAUAGGAACUCCUCAACACAACAUGAACCUAGUGAUUGAUCUUUCAGGACCAACCUUGUGGUAUGACUGUAACGAGCACUACAACUCGUCAUCCUUCCGUCCUAUUCCUUGUGAGUCACAAAAAUGUCCCCAAACUGGAGGAUGUGUUGGUUGCUCGGGCCCCUUUAGACCAGGUUGCUCAAACAACACUUGUGGCCUUAACAUAAUCAACAUUUUGGGCAGAUUUAUCUACAGCGGCAGCUUAGGUGAUGAUGUCUUGGACAUGCCCCAUCUUCGAGUGCCUCACUUCCUUUCCGGUUGCUCUCCCUCAGAUUCUUCCUCAUCAUCUGAAUUUAAUGCGCUGGAAGGCUUGCCUAGAGGCACUUCUGGGAUCAUAGGUCUUGCAAGGACUGAGUUAUCAGUACCUGCACAACUCUCAUCAGCUUAUAAGAAACCUCUCAAGUUUUCUCUGUGUUUGCCCUCUGCAACCAACAAAGGAUUUGCUGAUAUGCUUAUUGGUGAUAGAGAAGUGUCCAAGUUUCUCCAAACUACCCCGCUUGUUGUCAACCCUGUUGCAACUGGUCCGGUAUCUGUAAGUGGUGUACCUUCUUAUGAAUACUUCAUUGAUGUGAAAUCAAUCAGGAUUGAUGGUAAUGUGGUGAACUUAAAGCCGUCAUUGUUGUCUAUUGACAAAAAGGGAAAUGGAGGUACCAAAAUAAGUACUAUGAGUCCUUUUGCUGAGUUGCACAACUCAGUUUACAAGCCCUUUUUGAGACAAUUCAUCAAACAGGCUGCAGACAGAAAGUUGAAGAGAGUGGCUUCAGUACCACCAUUUGAGGCAUGCUAUGAUUCAAACACCAUUACUAGAUCUGGUGUGCCAAGUAUUGAUUUGGAACUACAAGGAGGAGUGAAAUGGACUAUCCAUAGGACCAAUUCAAUGGUAAUGACUCAGAAAAAUGUGGAGUGUUUGGGAUUUGUUGAUGGAGGAACAAAGCCAAGAAUGUCAUUUGUGAAAGCUUCAAUUGUAAUUGGUGGCCAUCAACUGGAAGAUAAUCUGGUGGUGUUUGAUUUGAAUUCCUCAAAACUGAGCUUUAGCUCCUCCCUUCUUCUCCACAACACAAGCUGUUCUCGCUUUUAACGCAUUCAAGUUUGAGAUUCAUCAUCCAUGGUUCUAUGGAUCAUGAAGCAGAAGAAUAAUCCUCUGAAUUAAAGAAUGCAGUUUUACCUUUGAGUUCUCUGUCAUUUGAAAUUUUAUAUUGUGUUACAACUCAAAUAGAAAUUGAAACUCAAACCGUGUUUGUUUUCUCUCUGAUUCAACUAUUACUUAGGACCUUGUAAUUUUUUUGUUUUGUUUUUUUGGUAUGAGAGGACCUUGUAAUUUUUAAUGAAA